AGAGAGAGAGAGAGACAACUGGGAAGGGAUAUACACGUAGCGUAAAAGUAAGAGAACCCACACCGCGAGUCUCGCUUACUCGCACGAUCGAGGGACACUUCUCUUUAUUCUCGUUUUCUCUGUGUGCACAGCUGGUUAAAAAGUCUUCUUCUCCUUCAGUCGUCGUUCGCCAAUGCGAACGAUACUGCACGGCAUUAUCGCGCCGCAUCGCGAACUACUCUACGUGUGUGCGCGCGCGCGCGCGCGCGUUUCCUUUCUCGUCUUUUUUUUUUCUUUUUAAUUGUUUGCCAAUUUUUUUCGAUUAAUUUUCGAGCAAUUACGAGCUCUCUCAGAACGAUUUCUUUGGGUACGCGAAGUGAAAGUGGGAACGGAUCGGAUGGAUCUUUAAUGCAUUCUGGAUCGGUUUGCCCCGCGCGAGUUCGAGUUACGAGCUGUAAAAGUGUGCGAAUGUAACGUGCGCGUUAAUGCCAGUUCAAUCUUGCUACUUUGUGAGAGAAGCAAAGAGAAAGCGUGAUCUUGAUCAAUCUGAUCACUUGUCACGUCUUGUCAAUAUCCAGAUCAAUUUUACGACUGAUCAUGCCGCUGCAUCGACGUUAUUGAGCGAAAAAAAGGCAGAUCAGAUUUUCAAAGAAAUUUGAAGGCUAUCAAUUACGCGUCUAGGAAGCGGAACCGAUUUGACAUGAUUGCGACCAGGGGAGUGCCUUUACUGCGGACAAUCUCGGUCCCCUUGUCCUUGGAGCUUAUGCUAAAGUCAUCAAUGACUUUAUCAUGAUCCCCGACGAGGAAACGAGUCUGUCCUACGCCGGAUCGAGUUAACAGUCGACACAGCCUUUCGAGAGAUUUGUCGUCCGCGUGAAGGACGAAGUCUUAAAGUCUGGAAAUUAUCUGGUGCUCGCAACGCGCGUUGAAAUGGCAUUGGUGAAUUUCAGUCUACCCUAUCAAUCGGCGACGAUAGCGCCGUUUCUGUACACCGGAGGACACACAACGGCCAACAGUCUCGGCUUGAAUACCGUGUUACCGCCAGGAUCCGUGCCGAGCUACAACGAACAGGAGACUUUUCGUAACGAGCCCUACUCACCACCGGUCAAGUACCAUCAGCAUCGACGUCAGUCUGCACCGCAAAGAAGUCGGGAAAUCUACGCGGAACACACGUCUUUUUCGUCGACACAGGAUAAUCGUUACACCGCGUAUAAUCAGGAUUUUAGAAGAACGCAACCGAGGCUGCAGCAGCAACAGCAGCAACAAAUGAGACCACCCCCUCCCCCUUCGCCGUUUCAGCAACAGCAGCCGCAGCAUUCUCGAUCGCAGGAGCCGAUCAAGUCUCGGAUAGAGGAACAGGACCAGAAUUAUCCGGAAAGACCUCAAGGGUACACGAGGGUGAAUGGCGGAGGCUCCAUCGGUCCGGAUACUAAAACUUCGGUCCACGCCGUAUUGGACUAUGAUGAUGAUUUCGACGAUUAUUACGAUGAUGAAGAUCGGAACAUACCAACGAACGCACAUGUCACACCUAUCCAAGGUCCAAUCUUUCUGAAAAAUGGUUCCGUUCCUGUAGUGCCUCUGUAUUCGUAUCCUCAGCUAAAUAAUGGGACGUUCGUGCAGAUACCGAUACUCUGGACUGCACUUUCGGUAGCAUUAGGUGUCGAACUGAGGGGAGAUUUGGUACGAGGUGUACCAUGCAUCAAAAGAUAUCAUCAGCUGUUUUGUCCAACCGCCGGAAACACAUAUCCAAUAGAACGAAUAGAGCGUUUUAUUGAUGAAAAUAAAGCAUUGAUGAAAAGAAUGUACGGCGACUUCGAGAUGAAUCCAGGAUACGGAUCGAGUGAAACUGGACAUCGCACUAGAACACGAAGAAAAAGUAGAGACGCGCGGAGGCACGACAUUCCAGAUGGUGGACCUAACGAUGAAUUACGCGCAGAAGACGAAAUCGACGCAAAGUAUUUCAGUAAUAAUAGAAAUACCAGACAAUCCUUCGGGAAAAAUCGCAGCACAGAGAGUGGCAGAAUUGAUGCGUGCGAAUCGAAGGUUGAGAUUGUGACUCCCUAUUGGGCAAGUAAUAGCGCCGGAAAGAUUCGCGCUAUCGUAAAUACUCAACAUUUCGAGCAGGCAAUACAUCAGGAAGUAUGCUCGAAAACGCAAACAAAUCGAUGUAGCGGAGAUUGCGGAUGCGAGCAGAAAUACAAAUGGCAUAGAUUGCUCGCCUACGAUCCAGACAACGAUUGUAAGGGUAUAUUUAUGGAUUGGUUCCUGUUUCCCUCUUGUUGUGUUUGCAGAUGUGAUCCGGUCAGCAACAACAAGUUUUCUUCGUCACGUGUGCGAAAUUGACAUGUGUCGCGUAUCUACGCGUGAACGAACGUGCCAUGUAAACUGCAACGGUUCGCUCAUUCUCAGUGCAUUCGAACAAUCAUCUGUAACGAUGAUUAGUACAUAUCCAGUGUUUCGUGAUAAAAAUUGUGCAGCAGAUAGGUACGAUUUAUCGGUUGAUUUAUCGUUCUAAUUUAAAAAACUACAAAAGAAUUUUUAGAGCAUUUAAAAAAAUCAAAAGCAAUAUAUUGAUAUGUCUUUAUUGAUAAAUCUAAUUAAUCCUAUUGACGAAUUAAUUUUAAAUUGAAUCCAUUCUCUCUCUCUCUCUCUCUAAGAUUUAAUCCUUAUAAUUUAAUCCUUUACAACUAUAUCUUUUUUUCAAGAUUUGCAAGUUUUCUUGCUUUAUCAUAGCCUAUUAAGACAAUAAUUGGUACUAUUUUCUGUAUUGAUCAAAAUUGCUGCAAUAUCAAAAUUGAAAAAAGUUUGUUGCAUAACUAUAAUGCUGAUACAUUAUUUUUUUAAUGACAAAUGCAAAGCAGAAUAAAAAAUCAUUACGUAUAAUUGGUUAGCUUGGUUGGAAAAAUCCAUCCGGUCAGCGAAUAGUUUAUCCGUCAAGCUGAGAAAGAAAUUUAUGCAAUGAAUAUAAACGUGACGAAAAUCAUUCACUCAAAAUAUCUGUCGAUAUACAUAAUAUUAUUAGAUUUUAAAUUAGUUUCUAAUAAUAAUAAAUUUUUUUAUGUGAGGCAUUUAUGCUUGAUUUUUUAAGCGACGAGAUUGACGAUAAAUUGUACCACAUAUGCCCAUCUAAUGAAAUAUCACGUGUCGAAAGAAAUGAAAUCGGAAACGGUUUUAUAUAAUGCGUAGAGCAGAACCGCUUUCGUGAUUCACAUUUUUAUUUAUAAGUAGGAAAUAAAUGUCUUAUGUUUAUAGAUUUUUUUUUAUAACUGUCAGCUCUAUUACAAUUAUAAUGAAGUGUCAUUAUAUAGACAGUGUUUAGUACAUAAUGAAAUGGCAGUGCGCACGAAGCGCGCACAAAUAUGCCUGCAUUAAUUUUAUUUUUAAGCAUUUUCAGGGCUUAUCAAGAAUAACUUUCUUAAAUUACUUUUUUUUUAAUUUUUACAGAUUUUGCGUAAUAUAUGUAACACGAUUACACUUUAAUUAAGACGAUACACAAUAUCUCGCGCGAAGAAAAUAUACAUGCGAAAUCUAUGAAUCUAAUUGUAAGAGAAUCUUGAAUAUAUAUGAAGGAUAUUACUAUAUAUAUAAGAAAAAAAAAGAAAGAAAUUGUUAAUAUGUUGGCAUGGCCAGUCUCUUUUGAGAACACAUUCGUCUAUUAUUCUAAUCGCUGGACGGAUACCUGAUAAGCUUUUAUGUUUUACCUUCUCAUCUUUCGUUAUUAUAUACUUAAGGUAACUCUUGUGACAAAAGUAGAGGAAAUACUUAUACCAAGACGGUUUCAACGUAAUAUAUUUCUACUUAGAAUGUAACAAGGUUGAACCAAUGAAAACGACACAUAAUGAACACGAUGAGCUUAAUUUGUU